UCUGUGAUGGAAACACAAAAGGCAACUGAGAUGCAGGUUCUGCUACCCCGGUGCAUCAGAGAAGCAUCUCUGGUUGGCUGGGGCUGCUCCCCAAUUACCCCUUGGUGCUUGGGCACAGGGCCUUCUCCAGUAUGAAUCCAGCAGCUGAUGGGCUCGAGCAUGAGAAUGAAGAGACGAAUCCCUGGCAGGGAGGUCCGGAGCGUGCAGAACCAUGCGGGGCAUUCUCGGGAAGAUCCAAAGGGAUUGCUUCUCAGCGGGGGAAAGCUGUGGAGAGUCGGCGCAGGUCAGGGAGGCAGCACCCAGCGAAGCAAGAGGAUAAACCCGCCUGCCAUCAGAGAGCUCUCAAGGGACCCCAAGACAGCAACACGGUCACCGCCGAGAAACCCUAUAAAUGUAGCGUGUGCGGCAGAAGCUUCUCUCAGAGCUCCAACCUCCUGACUCACCAGAGGCUGCACACGGGUGAGAGACCCUAUAAAUGCACCAGCUGUGGGAAAAGCUUCAACACCAGUUCGGCCCUCAUUGUGCACCGCCGGACCCACACCGGGGAGAAAUCCUACCGCUGCCCUGACUGCGGGCGCAGCUUCAGUGAGGGCUCGGUGCUGAUCAAGCACUGGCGGACCCACACGGGUGAGAAGCCCUACAAGUGCGCCCACUGCGGGAAAGGCUUCAGCCAGAGCUCCAACCUGCACGCCCACCAGCGGGUCCACACCGGGGAGCGGCCCUACCACUGCACCGACUGCGGGAAACACUUCAGCACCAGCUCCAACCUCAGCGCCCACCAGCGGGUCCACACCGGGGAGCGGCCCUACAAAUGCCCUGAGUGCGGGCGGAGCUUCAGCCAGCAGUCCAACCUGAUCUCCCACCAGAGGACCCACCUGGAGGAGAAAUCCCACCUGUGCCCCGACUGCGGAGAAGGCUUCGGCACCAGCGCCCAGCUCCUGACCCAUCGGAGGAGCCACGCAGGCGACAGGCCUUAUAAAUGUCCUGACUGCGAGAAAAGCUUCCCCAGCCGCUCCGCCCUCAUCACCCAUCAGAGGACCCACACGGGAGAAAAACCCUACAAAUGUCCCGAUUGCCAGCGGGGCUUCACCCGGCGCUCGGACCUCAAUAAGCACCGCCGGGUCCACACGGGGGAGAGACCCUUUAGGUGUGCCAGCUGUGGGAAAAGCUUCAGCCAGAGCUCCCACCUCAUUACCCAUAAGAGACUCCAUGAGGAUGCAAAGCCCUAUAAAGGCAGCAUGAGCACCACGCCGACGGUCCUCCAGGAAGAGGAUCCCGGUAAAGAUACUCAGAGCAGGGGAAGCGUCGGCCAGAGCUCGGCAGAGACCAGCGAUGGGGAAGCCCACCUGGUGGGGAAGCCCCAUCAAUGCCCUGACUGCGGGGAAAGGUUUGAUGCCAGCUCUGAGCUCAAUGUGCAUCGGCGAAUGCACCGAGAGGAGAAAUCUCGUCCGCGUGCUAACGCUGUGGAAAGGUUGAGUGGCUCCAAUCACAAUGCACGAGAAGGAGCUGACCAAGAGGAGGAAGCUGAUCUGGGGAAAAGAUUGAAGGCGAGCCCAGCACCCCCCAGUACACAUCCCAAAACCCCACUGGAGGAGGCGUUCUCUCCAUGUGUUAACACUGAGCAAAGUCCCCAACCCACCAGCUCCAAUGUCAGUGCACGUCAGAGAGCCCACACAGAGGGGGAAUCCUUCCCAUGCGCUGGUAUGGAGCAGAGCCCAGUGCCGGCUGCCCGCCAGGCAGAGCCAAGGGGCCGCAAGGCACGUUCUGAUCUGAGCUUGGCCCCUUCGCGCUGUCCAGCGGUGAAGCCCUUCAGGUGCUCCGAAUGCGGGAAGAGCUUCAGUCAGAGCUCCAACCUGAUCAAACACCAGCGGACCCACACGGGGGAGCGGCCCUACACCUGCGCCGUCUGCAAGCGGAAUUUCAACACCAGCUCGACGCUGAUCGUGCACCGCCGGACCCACACCGGGGAAAAAUCCUACCAGUGCCCUGACUGCGGGCGCAGCUUCCGGGACAGCUCAGUGCUGAUCAAACACCAGAGGAUCCACACGGGAGAGAAACCUUACAAAUGCUCCCACUGCGGGAAAGGCUUUGCCCAGAGCUCCAACCUUCAUGCCCACCAGAGGACCCACACUGGGGAGCGGCCCUACCACUGCCCUGACUGUGGGCGGGGCUUCAGCCAGCGCUCCAACCUCAUCACCCACCAGAGGACCCACACGGAGGAGAAAUCCUACCUCUGCCCUGACUGCGGGGUUGGCUUCGGUUCCCGCCCGGCCCUGGUGACCCAUCAGAGGGCCCACGCGGAGGGCAGGCCCCACCAAUGCUCCGACUGCCAGAGGAGCUUCGCCCGGCGCUCGGACCUCGUUAAGCACUGGCGGACCCACACGGGAGAGAGACCCUACCUGUGCCCCCAGUGCGGGAGAAGCUUCAGCCAGAGCUCCCACCUGGUGGUCCAUCAGCGAUCGCACCUGCCAGAGAAGCCUUACAAAUGCACCGACUGUGGGAAAAGCUUCAGCACCAGUUCUCACCUCCUUGCCCACCAAGGGACCCACACGGCAUAGCCACCUGGCACUGGUGCGGUCCUAGAAGUGUCAGGCUGGACAGGGCCUCGAGAGGGCAUCCAGUCCAGUCCCACCAGCGGAGGCAGGACCAAAUACACCUAGCCCAUCCCUCACAGGUGUUUGUCCAACCUGGUCUUAAAAACCUCCAAUGGUGAGGGUCCCACAACCUCCAUAGGUCGUCUGUUCCAGAGCCAAACUCCCCUUAAGUGUUAGAAAGUUUUUCCACAUAUCUGGGCUAAAUCUUCCUUGCUCCAGAUCAAGCCGAUUACUUCCACUGUGACUAAUAAUACUGUUGCCUUCCUAUACAUCACUUUUCACCUGUAGAGCUCAAAGCACUUCCCAAUUCCUAAUCUCUAUAUCCUCACAGCACCCCGAGAGGUAGGGAAGCAUUAGUCCCCCAUCUGUAAAACGAGGGAUAAUGAGACGCAGAGAGGCUAAGUGGCUAACUCGAAGUCAGACAGGAAACCCGCAGCCCAGCAGGGAGAUGAAACUGACUCACCCAUGUCCUCAGCCAGAGCCUUUACCAUUGGACCAUCCUUGCCCUCAGGUAGCUGAAUUCAUAGGCGCCGACUUUCUAAUGUGCCGGGGGGUACUCGCCCCUGCUCCGCCCCAGGCCCCACCCCAACUCCACCCUUUCCCCCAAGGCCCGACCUCCAACCCGCCUCUUCCGGCCCCCUCCCCUGAGCGUACCACGCCAUCCUCCCCCUCCCCCCAGUGCACCCUGCCCUCGCUCCUCCCUUCCCCCGCCAGUGCUGGCAUGCAAUUAAGCUGUUGCAUGCCAGCAAACAGCUGAUCCACCGUGGGCUGGAGGCGCUGGGAGGGAGAGGGAGGUGCUGAUCGGCAGGGCCCACUGGCAGCCAAGAGAAGCUGUGGGGAGGCAGAGGCAUGGAUGGGUGGGUGCUCAGCACCCACCAUUUUUUUCCUGUGGGUGCUCCAGCCCUAGAGCACCCACGGAGUUGGCACCUAUGGCUCAAAUAGGGGAGGAAGUCGACGCUGGGGGAUACCUGGGCUCAGGAUACUCCCUGUGUGACCUUGAGCAAGGUACUUAGGGACCAUCCACACUGCCGUUGUAAGUCCCAGCUUGAGUAGAUGUACACACCCUCGCUUUGAUCAAGCUAGCGUGCUCAAAGUAACAGCGAUGCGGCCGCAGCAUGGAGGACAGUCCCAUCCGAGACCCACGCUAUGUACUCAGGUGGCUAGCCCGUCCUGCCCCCCACCCCGUGGCAGCUACACUAGGAGUGGCGGAAGCUUCCUAAAAGUGGGGGGCCCACUGGCACCUGAACCGUGGCCGCACCUGCCUGUGCCACCCCUUCUCCCCAAGGCCCUGCCCUUGUGCCGCCCCUUCCCCUGAGAUUCUGCCCCCACCUCGCCUCUUCCCUCCAUGACCCCGCCCCCUGCUCACUCCUCUCCGCCCUCUCCCCCUUGUCGUUUGCCCUUACAGCCAGUAAAAAGUGAUGGGCCAUGGCCCCCUGGUUCCCCCCCGUUCUGCUGCCCCGGAGCUAGCCCACUGUUUUUAGCAUGCUAGCGCCAUCAAAGGGAGCACAUAUACCUCUACCCAUGCUGGAAAUUGCAGGUCCAGCUUUAAUGGAAACGCACCCUUAAGGCUAGAUUUUUCAAAGUGCCUAAAGAUUGAAAUCAAUGGGAGUUUAGUCCCUGUGCAGGUAUGGUGCCUAUGAAUCCUAGAAUAUCAGGGUUGGAAGGGACCUCAGAAGGUUAUCUAGUCCAACCCCCUGCUCAAAGCAGGACCAAUCCCCAGCUAAAUCAUCCCAGCCAGAGCUUUGUCAAGCCAACUUUUCCACAUCCUUCUUGUAGUGUGGGACCCAAAACUGGACACAGUACUCCAGAGUGCAGGACUCUGUACUUGUCCUUGUUGAACCUCAUCAGAUUUCUUUUGGCCCAAUCCUCUAAUUUGUCUAGGGCCCUCUGUAUCCUAUCCCUACCUUCCAGCGUAUCUACCUCUCCUCCCAGUUUAGUGUCAUCUGCAAACUUGCUGAGGGUGCAAUCCACACCAUCCUCCAGAUUAUUAAUGAAGAUAUUGAACAAAACCAGCCCGAGGACCGACCCUUGGGGAACUCCACUUGAUACCAGCUGCCAACUAGACAUGGAGCCAUUGGUCACUACCCAUUGAGCCCGAGGAUCUAGCCAACUUUCUAUCCACCUUAUAGUCCAUUCAUCCAGCCCAUACUUCUUUAACUUGCUGGCAAGAAUACUGUGGGACACCGUGUCAAAAGCUUUGCUAAAGUCAAGGAACAACACAUCCACUGCUUUCCCCUCAUCCACAGAGCCAGUUAUCUUGUCAUAGAAAGCAAUGUGAUUAGUCAGGCAUGACUUGUCCUUGGUGAAUCCAUGCUGACUGUUCCUGAUCACUUUCCUCUCCUCUAAGUGCUUCAGAAUUCAUUCCUUGAGGACCUGCUCCAUGGUUUUUCCAGGGACUGAGGUGAGGCUGACUGGCCUGUAGUUCCCAGGAUCCUCCUUCUUGCCUUUUGUAAAGAUGGGCACUACAUUAGCCUUUUUCCAGUCUUCCGGGACUUCCCCCGAUCGCCAUGAGUUUUCAAAGAUAAUGGCCAAUCGCUCUGCAAUUACAUCCGCCAACUCCUUUAGCACCCUCGGAUGCAGCGGGUCCGGUUCGAUGGACUUGUGCUCGUCCAGCUUUUCUAAAUAGUCCCGAACCACCUCUUUCUCCACAGAGGGCUGAUCACCUCCUCCCCAUGCUGUGCUGCCCAGUGCAGUAGUCUGGGAGCUGACCUUGUUCGUGAAGACAGAGGCAAAAAAAGCAUUGAGUACAUUAGCUUUUUCACGAGGUUGCCUCCCUCGUUCAGUAAGGGGCCCACAUUUUCCUUGACUUUCUUCUUGUUGCCAACUUACCUGAAGAAACCCUUCUUGUUACUCUUAACAUCUCUUGCUAGGGGCCCACAUUUUCCUUGACUUUCUUCUUGUUGCCAACUUACCUGAAGAAACCCUUCUUGUUACUCUUAACAUCUCUUGCUAGCUGCAACUCCAGGUGUUAUUUGGCCUUCCUGAUUUCACUGCUGCAUCCCCGAGCAAUAUUUUUAUACUCUUCCCUGGUCAUGUGUCCAAACUUCCACUUCUUGUAAGCUUCUUUUUUGUGUUUAAGAUCAGCAAGGAUUUCACUGUUAAGCCAAGCUGGUUACCUGCCAUAUUUACUAUUCUUUCUACACAUCGAGAUGGUUUGUUCCUGCAACCUCAAUAAGGAUUCUUUAAAAUUCAGCCAGCUCUCCUGGACUCCUUUCCCCCUCAUGUUAUUCUCCCAGGGGAUCCUCCCCAUCAGUUCCCUGAGGGAGUCAAAGUCUGCUUUUCUGAAGUCCAGGGUCCGUAUUCUGCUGCUCUCCUUUCUUCCUUGUGUCAGGAUCCUGAACUCGACCAUCUCAUGGUCACUGCCUCCCAGGUUCCCAUCCACUUUUGCUUCCCCUACUAAUUCUUCCCGGUUUGUGAGCAGCAGGCCAAGAAGAGCUUUGCCCUAGUUGGUUCCUCCAGCAUUUGCACCAGGAAAUUGUCCCCUACACUUUCCAAAAACUUCCUGGAUUGUUUGUGCACCGUUGUAUUGCUCUCCCAGCAGAUAUCAGGGUGAUUGAAGUCUCCCAUGAGACUUCUCCCAUAGUAACUUCCAUUACUAGAACAUCCUGUUGAAUGCCUCCCUGCAUCUUUAGGUACCGAAACACCUUUGAAAAUCUAGCCUCUUGUGCCUCAGUUCUCAAUCUAUACAAUGGGGAUAGGAGCACCCAUCUUACAUAGUGCAUUAAAUAUUGCGAGGUCUUUGAAUACUAGGUAAAGGGAGGCCUGAUAAGUACCCUUAGAAUACAUUAUUGUGCCAUGAAUGUAGAGACCUUUGUCAUGCUUGAAAUUGUGUUGACAGCUAGUCACUGAUUGGCAUUUUCUGAGCAGAAAAUAUUUUGUUAAGGGUGGGACCCGGGGUGCUUGGGGCAGCCCUCACUGAAAAUGCCAAGAUCAGUUCAGGCUGCAAAACGAGAGCAGAUAACCACCAGUUCUGGGAGAAACACUCAAGUUAGACUCCCCAACCAGUCACAAACUGUGCUUCUGAUCCCCCACAUUGGUUCUCGAGAAACUAAAAAAGAAAUCACAUAGUCCCAUUUAUUGCAUUCCAGUUCUCUGGCUUCCAAUCAGCACCUAGGUCCAGUACAGUGAGAAGUUAUUUAAAAACUCUCCUCACAUAUACAAAAUGUUCUUCUCACCCCAAAGGGUCAGCCACAUUGCCAGGUCAGUACUAGUUUGGAUCUUACCCAAAAUACCAUGCUGCAAGCCAAUCCUUUAGUGUCUAAAACUAAAGGUUUAUUAUAAGGAAAAAGAAAGAACAAGAAGAGAGUUGUUAAAUGAUAAAGCAAUCAGAUACAUACAGAGAUUUCAAAGUCCAUAUAUCAGGGUCUUAGCAGUAAUGGUGAGUUUGCUGGCUUGAAAGUCCCUCUGGAACACAUCCACAGCUUGGAUGGAUCAUUCAGUCCUUUGUUCAGUUUGUAGAAAAGUUACUCCAGAGGUAAGAAGCAGGAAUGAAGACAAAAUGGAGAUGAUGCAGCUUCCUUUUAUAUUCUUUUGCCACGUGGCUUGUACUUCCUGUGUCCCAGACACAAACUUCACAGCACAUGGCAUGGAAAAGCCAUGGAGUUCUCUUCCAUAGGCAUGCCCCUACAUGUCUUGCUGACUCAUACAGUGUAACCCUUGGAUUCUUUCAGUGGGUUCAUUGUACAGUUGAUGACCCUUGAUGGCCAUCAAACAGGCUAGGCAGUGCUGAUGGCAGUCAGUCUGGGGGUGUCACCCAGAAACACAGCACAAGUUGGAAAUACAGCUAUACCCUACACAUCUAUAACUCACACUACAAAGGUGAUACAAACAUAUAAAGAAGAUGAUCAUACUUGGCAAAUUCUAACAUUUUCACAGAUACCUCACACGGCAUAUCCGGUCAGAUUCCUUGCAAUUUUAUAAUAUUGGCAUCAACACUAUCAUAUAAAGUGCCCCCCAUAUUCCAUACAGCAUCACAAAUGGAAAAUCUCGUUUCAUCAAAACCAGAAAAAUAGCGUUCCUCUGGGAAACUGGACAUUUCCCACUGGGAAAUCCCCAACCGGGGGAAAGCUAGUGGGAAUCUACUUUCCAACUUGAUUUCCAGCUGGAAAAAGUUGGGAAACAGUCAGAAAAUGUGAGAAAAUAGGAUUCUCUUACUCUCCCCUUCUUUUUCUAAUAGUCCCAUGGGAAAGUGGAAUUUUCCACUGGGAAAACUUCCCAAAGGACAUAUGCCCCUGAAAAUUCCUCUGAGAACUCAAUACAGGGGUAGCUGUGUGAAUUCUAUGGCCUAUAUAAAGCAGGAGAUCAGACUAGAUGAUCAAAUGGUCCCUUCUAGCCUUAAAAUCUAGGAAACAAAUUCCCAUUUUCCAAACAGGUCUCGUAACUUCACCGCUAGCUAGGCCUGGCUAAUGGAUGUGGCCCUUUAGCCCAAGCGGGAGGUGCUUAUGCUUUUGGAUAGAGGUCAGGGGGUUCAGUCCUCACAGAUGCUCAAAUUCCCUACAGAGCUUUAAAAAUUCCAAUCUCUGUGUCCGCAUGUACCAUUGCUGCUCAGAAACCGAACUUGAGACUUCUGGAGCUAAAAGCAAGAAUUGGUAUGGCCUGAUCUAAAGGAGAAAAGGGGGCUGCAUUUGAUAGUAAAGUUUUAUUUAUAAAAGUUUUAAUAAACGAUGAAUAGCUGUUAGAAGCAUGUUACAGACAUGAUUAGUAUGUGCUAUAGGUGCAUCGAUUGAAGGUUAUAAGCAUGUCCGUAGGAGUCAAUAUCAAUGGUUAUAAGCAAUCUGUUGACCUGUCUAAAUGGGGGGGGUCGCAUACUUCUUUGCUUCUGUAGGCUGAGUUUAUUGCACAUACCAGAGACCUCUUGCCUCCCUCCAGUUCACUCUCCUUUCCCCUCUAUUUCAGCGACUCCCUGUAACUUUCCUCCCUUCCCCGGUUAGUCUUUGUUCUGUCCUGGAGAUGAGUCAUUUGGGGUAGCAACAUGUUAAACUCCACUGGGAGAAGGAGCAGGGAUGUUGUUAUGCUGGAAGGUGUCGGGGGUGCCAUCAACCUGUUGUUUGGUCUAUAGACAUUUGCAGAGGUGGUUGAAGCUGUGGCUAGGUGAAUCAGAUGGAAGGGGCUCCCCGUGUCCCCUAUUUUUCCCUUGUUUUCUGAUUUUGUUCCCCCAAAAUCAAUAGGAUUGUGACCACUGACAUCUAGAACAUUCCCAUGUAUGUUGGAAUUGAUCAGCUGCGGUGUUCAGACGUUACCACAUUAUGAAAGAUAAACGGAGAAAUGUAGUUGAGUGUCAGGCUUUUGAACACCCAGCCAACGAUUGAGUGACCAUUUCUUGAAAUGCUCUGUUAAUCCUGUAUUAAUCUGUAAUAAAUGACA